CUCUCUGCCUGCAGAAACAGUCAGUCAGUCCCAUUGAUAGCAAGGACAAUUCAAAAGGACAUCAUAGCCAGAUUGGUGAAUUCCUGUUCUUAGUUUUCUGCAUUUUCUACAGAAAAGUGACCAUGAAGAUUGCAGCGUUUAAUGUGAAGAACCUCGGAAUGAAAAAAGUCAAUAAUGACAAUAUACUGAAAAACCUUAUCAAGAUUGUGUCCCGGUACAGUUUGGUGGUGAUGCAGGAAGUUCAGGACCCCACUGGCAAUGCGAUGAAAAAGUUUCUCACGGAGCUCAAUAAAUAUGGAAAAAACAAAUAUCAUCCCUUUGAGAUGUUGAGCAGUGAACCAAUAGGACGAAACUCUCGCAAGGAGCGGUUUGUCUUCUUCUACAGACAUGAUGAAAUAAACGUGACAGAUUACUACCAGUAUGAAGAAGAAAACGAAGAUGUGCUUGCCCGAGAGCCCUUCAUUGUGAUGUUUGAAUGUCCAAAUACAGUUGUGAAGAAUCUGGUUCUGAUCCCAGUCCACAUUGAUCCAGAUGAUGCUGAAAAUGAGCUGGAAGCUCUGAAUGAUGUGGUUGAAGAUGCAAGGGAAACAUUGGAAACUGAUAACAUCAUGAUUUUGGGCGACUUCAAUGCAGAUGGACGUUACCUGAAUGAUGAAACUAGGGAAGCUCUAAGCAUCAGUUCUGCUCCUUAUUAUUGGCUGAUAGAUGAAGAUGCUGACACCACUACUGGGGCUAAUGACCAUACCUACGACAGGAUCGUGGUGUAUGGAGAUGAGAUGUAUGAUGCUGUUGUUGCUAACUCAGCGAAGCCUUUCAACUUCCAGAAAGCCUACAAAUUAGGGAAGAAAAUGGCUCAAUCCAUCAGUGAUCACUACCCUGUGGAGGUGGAGCUUGAAGAGGAUUAACAUUUGAAAAUGAGCUCAUUGAACCUCCAGCAAAGAAGAAAGGGAGACAGUUGGCUCCAGGAGACAGGUGGGAGUCAGUGCCUGUCCUCGGGAAGGAGCGAAUGUUCUUCUCUGUGUUAAAUAAACUGUCAACAUUUGAUUGUAUUGCACCUGUCUUAUGCAUGAAGGGGCGUUCUAAUACCCUGAUUUCAUAAAACUAUGGAAAUGUGGUUUUUGGGGCGAGAUCUGAGGCUGUCUGCGUACGGUGUCCAUCUCCCACUCGUGUGAUCAUUAAAAUCAUUG